AUGGUGUUAACAGUUGAUUAUGUGGAAAAAAUGAAAUUACUUGAGAAGAAACUAGCUGUUGAAUUUGAAAUGAAGGAUCUAGGACAACUAAAAUACUUUCUUGGCAUAGAAAUUUCAAGAUCUGAACAAGGUAUUUUUCUAUCUCAAAGAAAAUAUAUUCUAGAUAUUCUAUCUGAGAUUGGAAUGUUGGCUUGCAAGCUAGCCGAUACUCCUAUUGAAACGAAUCAUUCUCUUACUGUAUAUCUAGACCAGAUUGAGACGGACAAGCAUAGAUACCAGAGGUUAGUAGGAAAGUUAAUUUAUUUAUCUCACACUAUACCUGACAUUGCCUAUUCUAUGAGCAUUAUAAGUAGGUUCAUGCAUUCUCCUAGUGAAGAACAUAUGACAGCACUAUACCUUAUCCUCAGAUACCUCAAAGGUUCACCAAGGAAAGGUUUAUUAUUUUCAAAAAACGAUAAAGCUUGCAUAGAAGGGUACACAGAUUCAGACUGGGCUAGAGAUAAAACUACAGGGCAAUCAACUUCAGGGUAUUUUACCUUUGUAGAAGGCAACUUAGUCACAUGGAGAAGCAAGAAGCAAAAGGUAGUUGCAAGGUCUAGUGCUGAAGCUGAAUUUAGAAGUAUGGCAUAUGUCAUUUGUGAAUUACUAUGGAUUAGAAGCAUCCUAGCUGAUUUGGGAAUCAAAUAUGAACAACCGAUGAACCUUUUUUGUGACAACAAGGUUGCAGUAGAAAUCGCACAUAACCCGGUUCAACAUGAUAGAACCAAACAUGUUGAAGUGGAUAAACAUUUUAUUAAGGAAAAGCUAGAUAAUCAAGUAUUUCAAACUCUAUAUGUUCGAUCUGAAGAUUAA